UAUAUCUAAAAAAUGGCAACUCCAGCAGAUACACCAGCACAAGCUCCAGCUCCAGCCCCAGAAGGUGCUGCCCCAGCUGAAAGAUCCGGCUUUAGAGGCGGAUUCGGAGGAGGCAACAGAAGAAGAGGUGGAAGAAGAAGAUUCGAAGACGAAUGGAUCCCAUGCACUAAACUUGGAAGAUUAGUUAAAGCCGGACAUAUCAAGUCUUUGGAAGAGAUCUACACUCAUUCCUUGCCAAUCAAGGAGUACCAGAUCGUUGACCACUUCGUCAAGGAACUCAGCGAUGAAGUUAUGAAGAUCAUGUCAGUCCAGAAACAGACUAGAGCUGGUCAGAGGACUAGAUUCAAGGCUGUCAUUGCUGUUGGAGAUAGAAAUGGACAUGUAGGACUCGGCGUUAAGGUCGCUAAAGAAGUUCAAAUUGCUAUCCAAGACGGACUCAAGGAUGCCAAGCUCAACCUUAUCCCAGUCAGAAGAGGAUACUGGGGAAACAAGAUCGGAGAUGUCCAUACCGUUCCAUGUAAAAUGACUGGAAAAUGUGGAUCUGUCAGCAUUAGAUUAGUCCCAGCCUCUAAGGGUGUAGGUGUUGUCGGAGCUCCAGUUUCAAAGAAAUUGCUCCACUUCGCUGGUAUUGAGGAUUGCUACACCUCAUCCACUGGUCAGACCAGAACUAGAGAGAAUUUCUUGAAGGCUACUUAUAAUGCUUUGAAGAGAUAUUAUGGAUUCUUAACCCCAGACUUGUGGCACGUUAGAAACACUGAUGCUUCGCCAAUGGAUGUUCACUCUAAAUUCCUCGAGACCUGGAAAGAUGAAUUUGAAAAGAAGAGAAGAGCCGGUAGAGGCAGAGGUAGAGGCAGAGGCAGAGGAAGAGGUCGCGGAAGAGGUGGUCCAAGAGGUGACAGAGGUGCCUCAAGAGGCGGAAGAGGAGGCUAUAACGCUCCAGCUGCUGAAGGACAAGAGACCCAACAGCCAUCCACCGAAGCCAGUCAGCAACAACCAGCUGAGACUACUCAAUAAGCUUCAUUCUCAAUCAUUCAAUUGUAAAAAAUC